CACCUUCCGCGAUGAUCCAGCUCAAGAGCCUGCUAAACUGCAUAGACAACUCCGGCGCGGUCGUCGUUGAGUGCGUUAACGUCCUCAAGAACAAGGUUAACAAUGGCUGGGGCUCCGUCGGCGACGAGAUUGUCUGCGUCGUAAAGCGCGCGCGCCCGGUGUCCGUCGCGGCGCAAAACUCGGUGACGGCGGUCAAGGUGCGCCGAGGAGACGUCCGGAGAGCAGUCAUUGUGCGGACACGGAAGCAAGUACGUCGACCCGACGGGCGUAUGGUGCGCUUCGACGACAACGCGGCGGUCUUGUUGAACAACAAGCGGGAAAUGUUGGGCACGCGGAUAGCGGGUGUGGUCAGCGCGGACUUGCGAAAGAAGGGGUGGAGCAAGAUUUUGAGCGUUGCGCCAAAGGCCGUAUGAGCCUUGUCCGGCUUCCACCUUCCUCUCGAGCAGCAUGUGCUCUGCUACACACCGGCAGGACCGUCGUCGGCAGACGUUGGUCCGGAAUAGACCUUCUGCAAUGCAUCCCAUUACGCUACAUCGUCAUACUAGGUUCCCGUCCAUCCUGGAGACAAUUGCCAUGGUCUACCAACGACCCUCCUCACUCUGUUCCGUGUCCCUGAUAUGCCGAAGACCUGCGUCAAGACAGCCCAUUGUCGUCACCGUUCGUACGCUUUCCUAUCCCGACUACGUAUGUAUUCUUCGAUCCACUCCUGAUCCUGACCCAUCUCUGCGAAGAACUGGAGUUCCAAUUCGUUGUGGCGCGCUCUCUCUGCCUACUCAGCGA